GCCGCUGCACAAGAUGGCAGCGCCGGCGGCCCGGUGGAGGCCGCGGGCUUUGGCGAGUUAAUGAGUUGUGGUGCGGGACAGGGAACCCCCCAGGCCUCGCACAGGUGACAGGUGGUCGGGGCAGUGGCGCCCGCCCCGUGGGGGUGCAUGGCCUGCUCUCUGCUGCCCCCUGUUUUUACUGCCUCCCAAGCCCGGUCCCGGGGCGGAACCAAAGAAAGGUCAGGCCAGGCUGCCCCGCCUGUCUUAGUCCUGGGGCGGUCCCCGUGAGUGGCUCACUUUUAGAAUUGACUUCAGCCACGUGUAGCUCCCAUGGCUGCGUUGCAGGCCCCGGGAGAGAAGAUUAAUAUCCAGGCCGGAGAGUCGACCAAGGUCGGGGACAGGGACCCGCUGGGACACGACUGGCCCGAGCAGGACAGGCUUCCACAGCGUUCCUGGAGACAGAAGUGCGCCUCCUACGUGUUGGCCCUGAGGCCCUGGAGCUUCAGUGCCUCACUCACCCCGGUGGCUCUGGGCAGUGCCUUGGCCUACAGAUCCCAGGGUGUCCUGGAUCCCAGGCUGUUGGUGGGUUGUGCAGUGGCUGUCCUGGCUGUGCACGGGGCCGGCAAUUUGGUCAACACUUACUAUGACUUUUCCAAGGGCAUUGAUCACAAAAAGAGUGAUGACAGGACUCUGGUGGACCGGAUCUUGGAGCCCCAGGAUGUUGUCCGGUUUGGAGUCUUCCUCUACACUUUGGGCUGUGUCUGUGCGGCUUGCCUCUACUGCCUGUCCACUCUGAGACUGGAGCACUUGGCUCUCAUCUACUUUGGAGGCCUGUCUGGCUCCUUUCUCUACACAGGAGGAAUUGGAUUCAAGUAUGUGGCACUGGGAGACCUCGUCAUCCUCAUCACUUUCGGCCCACUGGCUGUGAUGUUCGCCUAUGCUGUCCAGGUGGGGUCCUUGGCCGUCUUCCCGCUGGUCUAUGCCAUCCCUCUGGCCCUCAGCACAGAGGCCAUUCUCCAUUCCAACAACACCAGGGACAUGGAGUCUGACCAGGAGGCCGGCAUUGUCACGCUGGCCAUCCUCAUCGGGCCCACCUUCUCCUAUGUGCUCUACAACACGCUGCUCUUUCUGCCCUACCUGAUCUUCAGCAUCCUGGCCACGCACUGCAGCAUCAGCCUGGCGCUGCCCCUGCUCACCAUCCCCAUGGCCUUCUCCCUUGAGAGGCAGUUCCGCAGCCAGGCCUUCAACAAGCUGCCCCAGAGGACAGCCAAGCUCAACCUCCUGCUGGGGCUUUUCUACGUUUUUGGCAUCAUCCUGGCACCAGCAGGCAGUCUGCCCAGACUCUGAGGAGACAGCGGCUCCCACCACAGCGCAGCUCCUCCUUAGAAUGUACAGAAGCAGAGACCGAGAGGGGAUGCAACUGGCAGGGUGGGUGCUCAGCAGGGCUGCCAACGCCUGUCCUUAAGUGUCAGGGUUAUCUUGGUAAAGAUAAUCUGCGUGAUUUGUUUCCUACAUUCUGGGGAGCCCUGAAACCACUCUAGUGUGCGAAUAUGAAUAGGAACACUGUCCUUGUGUUACUUAUAAUCUCCACUAGAGGGUACUGUCAGGCCACUUUAGGAUGGAAGGCCCAUCUCCCCUUGUUCUAAACAGAACACCCUAACAAUUUGUGAAGAGCCACAGUGACAAGGCACAGUGCUGCCCUGUUACCUUGGCACAGAAGAGAUGGCAAUAAUUGGUGCCAGGUCCCAUUAACAUGGAGCCCUGUCUCCUGAGUGUGCUGCCUGCUAGAGAACGUCCCUCAUUAACAACCAUGUGGCUCCCGGCUCUUUGCCUAGGUGGUGGGUGGUUGAGACAUUCCUGCCCUUCAUGUCUCCUUUCACUCGUCACCACUGUUGAGGAAAGUGUCAGCUCACCCUGCAGCAAGACAGACAAGCCUGGGGCGGCUGAGGCAAGCACUCUGCUCUCAGUAGAGCCUGUUGCGUGCCUGCUUCCCUCUGCAGAAUCCACCAGGCUGGCAAUAAUUAUUGGGACCCGAAGUGGGAGUGGGGUGGGCAUUUAAAGCCCACAGGCCUUGUCUCCUCCCAGCUGCCCCCCCUGGGACUACUCUUGCCUGCCCUACACCCGUUUCCCAGUCCCAGACUGAGUCGGGUAUACUUGUCCCCAUCCACAGAGCCACAGCAUGGGCAAAGAAGGGGUCUGUUGAAUGUAGAAACCAAUGGACAGGAGUCCUGGCCACACUCAGCCGGAGUGAGGAGCCCUGCCAGUGAAAGCGCUAUGAGAUCUGGGUCCCUCUCUCCCUGUGUCUCACCCCCUCCUGGGUAUACUUGGAAGCUUAGCGUCUGCACUGAGGCCGCUCGCUUGCAUUGAGAUGAUCACAUCCUCAUUGUGCUCUGUUCUGUGAGCAGCCGACCUGGAGGGCCCUGCAGGGUCUCGGCCUGCAGAAAACCACCUUGAGUUAGCACUGGGUCACUUCCUUGGGAAAAACAUAUUUAAAAAUGUCCCGGAGUUCUUCUGUAGUCAGGAUGGUUUGUCUAAAAGGGAGCCGGGUUUCUGAGCUUGGAUGGGGCUCAGGGAUCUUGGAAAGGAGUGCUCCUUUCCUGUUCCUCCUAGCACGCCAGGCUUGUGACAUUUGGUGCUGUGGAGGGUCCUGCCUUUGGGGCUGACUACUGUCACCUGGAGGACCAAUGGCUGUCACAUGGCCUGACACAUGGCUAUCCUCAUCAGAACUGUGUCAGCUGCUACACCUUGUUCUGGGACAGAUUUUGAUGCCUAUUUUUAUAUAUGAUCCCCCAGAGGCCAUAUUUGGUGCCACAUUUUAUAUACAGGCCACUAUAAUUUAUAUUACAUCUCCUGAUUUAAUGAAGGUUUCCUGUAGAUUUGUUAAUUAAAAUAUGAGAAAACAUC